UGAUGUGUGACGUCACAUUUGUGCUGCUUUUGGUUGUGUUUGUCAGUUUUCAGUAAGACUUACAGGUUUAAUAAUAAAAACGUUUCCAUGAGCCACAUUUUAACUAAAACAAGAUUAAUCCUCUGAUUCGAGCUGUUUUUUGACCAAGUCGCUGCGCGCGCACACUGUGUGUCAGCUGAGGAGAAAGUUGUCAGGAACAGAAACCAUGGAAGUGACUGACUGGAUGUGAUGGAAUAUCACGUUUUCUUUAAGAGGUUCCAGUACACAAGUCGCGCGGCCAGAUCCCAACCAAUCAGCUUCUAGUGACUGUUAUCCGCGUGCGCCCCGAACUCAACCAAUCAGCUUCUCGUGACUUAUCCGCGUGCGCCCCGAACUCAACCAAUCAGUUUCCGGAGGAUCCUGAUGUUUUGUGUGUGGAGUAAAAGUCCAGAAGUGUGAGAGACAGAAGAAGAUCAACUCUGACAACAUUGUAAUUUAUCUGGCGUUAUCUCUGGGCCAUGAGGUUCAAGCUCUGCUCCUCGCUUCUGUGAGUGUGUGUGAAUGAGAGAGAGAGAGAGAGAGAGAGAGAGUGUGUGUGUGUGUGUGUGUGUGUGUGUGUGUGUUAUGGGAACUCUGAGAAACGGUUGGACGAAGAGAGAGAGCUUUAUUCUCUCUGUAGAUGUAGGCACGACCUCUGUGAGGUGCCAUGUUUAUGAUAAACACGCCAACAUCCGGGGAUCCUGCAGCCGAAAGGUACCUCUGCAGUACCCAGAGCAUGGCUGGGUGGAGAUGGACCCGGAGGAUCUGUGGCAGAACUUUGUCAGUGUGGUGAAAGGAGCGGUACAAGACUCUGGUUUACAGAUGAGUCAGAUGGAGUCAUUAGGUAUUUCAACUCAGAGAGCCACAUUCACUACCUGGCACAGGAAGACGGGGAAACCGUUUCAUAACUUCAUCGGCUGGCAGGACCUGAGAACGGCUGAGAUGGUGAAGUCCUGGAACAACUCGUGUACCAUGAAGGCGGUGCAUGGUGUAAUGAAGAUGCUACACUUCCUCAGCAGACAGAAGCGUUUCCUUGCAGGGAGUUUGGUGGUCUUCACACCACAGCACGUCUCCAUGCGUCUGUCCUGGGCUUUACAGAACGUCCCCCAGCUGAAGCAAGCAGUUGAUGAAGGAACUUGUUGUUUUGGGACCAUUGACACGUGGCUGCUUUAUAAACUUACUAAAGGUUUGGUCCAUGCUACAGAUUAUUCCAAUGCUAGCUCGACUGCCAUCUUUGAUUCCUAUCAGAUGUGUUGGAGUGUGUUUCUGUGUUCUCUCCUCUCUCUACCUCUCUCCAUUCUCCCCACAGUGUACGACACCAGUCAUCAUUUUGGUUCCUCUGAUCCUGAUAUCUUUGGGGUUUCUAUCCCCAUCAUGUCAGUUAUGGCGGAUCAGCAGGCAGCCAUGUUUGGUGAGUGCUGCUUUGAUACUGGUGAUGUAAAGGUUACUAUGGGAACAGGAACUUUUAUGGACAUCAACACGGGGAACAAACCACACACUUCUGUAUCAGGCCUGUAUCCUCUGGUGGGCUGGAAAAUUGGCCCUGAUGUUGUGUAUCUUGCUGAAGGAUGCGCUGCAGACACAGGAACCGCCAUCGGAUGGGCUGGGGAGAUUGAACUGUUUACAGAUGUAAAGGAGACCUCCACCAUGGCCAGCAGUGUGAGCGACUCAGAUGGAGUGUGUUUCGUUCCUUCCUUCAGCGGCUUACAGGCUCCAUUAAAUGACCCUAAAGCAUGUGCAGCGUUUAUGGGUCUGAAACCAUCCACUACUAAGAGUCACCUGGUGCGUGCCAUUUUAGAGUCUAUUGCCUUCAGAAAUAAGCAGCUGUUUGAUGUGAUGUGUCGGGAAAUUCGGAUCCCCAUCACUAAAAUCAGGGCAGACGGCGGCGUGUGUAUGAACGACUUCGUCAUGCAGUUAAGCGCAGACCUGCUGGGGUGUAAAAUCUCACGGCCCACACAAUUCGAUAUGUCGUGUCUCGGGGCGGCGUUCAUGGCCGGGUUAGGAGUCGGUUUCUGGAAGAGUAAAGAGGAGCUGAAGAAGCUGCAGAUGACCGAGAAGCUUUUCAUUCCACAGAGUGUUAAAGAGGGUGGAGGUGGUGGUGUCAGGGGUGGUGGUGUGUAUAAACCAGUCCUGCAGAUGUGGGAACAGGCCCUGCAGCGCUCCAUGAACUGGUACAGCCAAACAUAACACACACACACACACACACACGCACUGUGCCCGACGGUCAGAGUUCAGCCAUGUUGUUUACUCUGACACACUGCCAUUACAUCUAUUUACAACCUGCCACGACGACGACGAUGACGAUGAUGAUGAUGAUGAUGAUGAUGAUGAUGAAGAGCCAUGUUCUACUCUGACGUGCCUUAAUUUUAACACCCCUCUGACAUCAGCCAUCUUAAACUUUUAUUCACUGUGUGUAUUUACGACUCCAUGUUUUUACUCUCGUACACUUUAAUUACAUCCCCAAUGGAGGCUACAGAUCACAAAACGUCGAUUUACGAGGACUAAAGAUCUAAAUCUUAAUUAAAAGUAUUUUUGUUUUUGUUUUUCUGUCAGAAUUGUUGUACUUAUUAGCAACAAAAUGAUCCAGACCUGAAAUGAGAAGGGAAUAAAAAUGUGCUUGUGUUCA